GAAACGGAGCCUGCGGCGUCAUCUGCAGGGGCCCUGGCGACCGGAACCGGGCCUGCAGGUGGGAAGACCCGGGAGCAGGAUCCCGGCACCCCCGGCCCUUACCUUGCCUGCCUCGCUGAGCCCCACUUGGCGGUGUCGGCCAUUCGGUCCCCGGCCCUUCUCCCCACCUCGUCGGAGGGCCCGGCUACCGCCGGGCGGGCUGCAGAGGCCGAGGGGCCGCAGUGGCCGGAGUGCGCGAGCAGCGGCCGCACCACGUGUCGGGCCAGGGCUGGAGCAGGCGGAGCGGGCCGGGCUGGCUCCGCGAGCUCGAACCAGCGGCGGCGCCGGGUCCAGCCCGCGCCCCGUCCCGGACAAACCCGCCCGGCCUCCCGGGUGAACACAGAUGCCUCCUCCUGGACGGCGCGAUGCGGCCCUUCUAGGACAGAAAAGGUGCCUCCUCCUGGACAGCGGCGGCGGCGACGCGAGGAGCCGGCGGGCAGCGGUGCGAUGGGACCCCUGCGGGAGAGCAAGAAGGAGCACAGAGUGCAGCAUCACGAGAAGGAGAUAUCCCGAAGCCGGAUUCCCCGUUUGAUUCUUCGGCCCCAUCUGCCCCAGCAACAGCACAAGGUGUCCCCAGCCUCUGAGUCUCCCUUCUCUGAGGAAGAAAGCAGAGAGUUCAACCCCAGCAGCUCUGGGCGUUCUGCGAGGACCAUUAGCAGCAACAGCUUCUGCUCAGAUGACACAGGCUGUCCAAGCAGCCAGUCAGUGUCUCCUGUGAAGACGCCCUCAGAUGCUGGAAAUGGCCUAGUUGGCUUUUGCCCUGGAAGUGAUGAGGACUUUACCAGAAAGAAGUGCACAACUGGAAUGGUUGGUGAGGGAAGCUUGCAGGCAACUCGAUACAAGAAGGAACCAAAAUCAGGCCUUGUAAAGCCAGGUAGUGAAGCUGAUUUUAGCUCCUCGAGCAGCACAGGCAGCAUUUCCGCUCCCGAGGUCCACAUGUCUGCUGCAGGAAGCAAGCGGUCCUCUUUUUCACGCAAUCGUGGUCCCCAUGGGAGGAGUAACGGAGCUUCGUCAUACAAGUCUGUCAACAGCCCACCAUCCCCACGGGCAAGUGACCUUCUGUCCAUGCUGUGCAGGAAUCAGCUGAGUCCCAUUCACGUCCAUCCCAGUUAUGCACCUUCUUCCCCAAGUAGCAGCAACUCUGGCUCCUACAAAGGAAGUGACUGCAGCCCAAUCAUGAAGAGGUCUGGGCGGUAUAUGUCUUGUGGUGAAAAUCAUGGUGUCAAGCCCCCCAAUCCAGAGCAGUAUUUGACUCCUCUGCAGCAGAAGGAGGUUACGGUGAGACACCUAAAGACCAAACUGAAGGAAUCCGAGUGUCGACUUCAUGAAAGGGAAACUGAAAUUGUGGAGCUGAAGUCCCAGUUGGCCCGUAUGAGAGAAGACUGGAUUGAAGAGGAGUGCCACCGGGUGGAGGCACAGUUGGCACUGAAGGAAGCCAAGAAAGAGAUUAAACAGCUCAAACAGGUCAUCGAAACCAUGAGGAGCAGCUUGGCCGAUAAAGAUAAAGGCAUUCAGAAGUAUUUUGUGGACAUAAAUAUCCAAAACAAGAAGCUGGAGUCUCUACUUCAGAGCAUGGAGAUGGCACACAGUGGCUCUCUGAGGGAUGAACUGUAUCUAGACUUUCCAUGUGAUUCCCCAGAAAAAAGCUUUACCCUAAACACCCCUCUUGGCAAGAUGGCAGAUGGGUUGUCUCUGGAAGAGCCGGUCACAGAGGAAGGGGCUGACAGCGAGCUGCUGAUGGGAGAUAGCAUGGCCGAGGGCACCGAUCUGUUUGAUGAGAUGGUGACAUCCACUACCACAGAGUCUGGCGAUUUGGCGCUUCUUCGUUCCACCCCGGGGGCAAAGGUGCUCGAGGGCCUCGCCGUCUCCGUGGAUCAAGCGGAGGGCGGCGUGGGGGUGGAGCAGGCCGUCCAGACCGUCGCGGCGCCAUACAGCCCCGCAGUCUCGGAGCUCAUGCAGCAUGUGCUCAAGCUCCAGGACCCCGGUUCCUCGAGCUCAGAAUCCUCUGAAGAGGCUGAGGCUGACCCAACAGAAGGCUUCCCCGAGGCCAUCCCUGCCUUACUGGUUGAUUUAACUCCGAGAAGUCCAAACUCAGCCAUCCUUUUGUCUCCUGUGGAGACCCCGUACAACAUGGCGGAGACGGAAGCUCAUGAAAACCGCCUCAUGAGAGAGCUGGAUUUUGCGGCCUGCGCAGAAGAAAGGUUUGGCGACGUCAUCCCGCUCCCUCCCGGGGCCCUCGUGAGGCAGUACUGGAGCAGCAGCUUCCUGGUGGAUCUCCUGGCCGUGGCGGCCCCUGCGGUCCCCACCGUUCUGUGGGCUUUCAGUACUCAGAGAGGGGGGACAGACCCGGUCUACAACAUCGGGGCCUUGCUCCGGGGCUGCUGUGUGGUGGCCCUGCAUUCACUCCGCCGCACCGCCUUUCAUGUCAAAACCUAAGUAGACGCGAUUGUUCGUGUACCAGUUUGUCCCAUGAGGCAUUGUGCCAGGUGGAGAAACAGCAGGUCGCUCUGUGGCAGUCUCUGUCCUGUCCUUUUGCUCCUCAGUAUUUGAUUUGCACUAUAGUUGAAGCCUGUUCACUGUUUAAAACCGGAGGUAUCUUCAAAGGCAUGGAAACCUGGUCCAAGUAAAUGUCCCACCAGCGUGGUAUAUAAAGCAUGCUCAUGACCCUGCUGUGUCGUCUGAGGUACCCGUUCUUAUCCUAGCAGUUCAGGAAGAGGAAACGCCAAGUUUGCACUUUCGAGACAGCUUCUGUAAGGCUGGCAUGUUAUCUCCUUGCUUUGCUUUGUGCUGUGUUAAAAUGUGUAAUUGUUCCAGCUUUCCAGUGGUCUUGUGCAUAGCAGGGGACUGUAACCAAAAAUAAAAAUGUGUUUGUGUAAUUGGUUGGAAGAAGUCUUGAAUAGCUUAGUGUCUUACGUGGCAUUGAUAAAGUUUGAGUGAUUGCAGGUUUUUACUAAACGUAGCGCUCCAAAGUCUUAAAUGGUUUGUUUGUUCUUAAACAACUUGUUGAUGAAAAUUGUAUGUAAGUUUAUGAUGUAUUAACUUAUUUUUUGCUUAUAUAUAUAGUGUUUUAUUGGAAAUUGUUUGUAACCAUACAUUUAAGCAUGACGAUAAUAAAGAUUAGUGUUCCAUUGGAAUAAAUGUUUUAU